AAAGUCUAAACUUAUAUGCAACCGAGAGUGAGAAGUUUGCAACGAACAAGUGGCAUUAGAAUCGAGCGGAGAGUUGAAAUACAAAACACCGCAGCAGCAUCCGAAGCGGCAGAGAAACAGCUUCGGCAGAAUGAAGAUAAUUUGGUAAUUUGUUUACUGAGCCGGCCGCCAGCACCGACCGGGAGGCCCACCUUGAAGGCGCUCGGAUGGUGCUCGUCGUAUAAAAGAUUGAACCGAUGUCGGCUUCGAUAUCAGUCAGUUCUAAGUCACUUUCCGGCAAGCAAUAUUUCCCACAAGUCCAUCAUCAUGUACCGUGAAUUGCUAAUGCUGGCCAGCUUAGUUGUAGUAGCACUCGCGGCACCCCAGAAGCGUCUUCCGAUUGGAUCACUUGAGUCACAAGCCGUCAUUCUGUCACAGGACCAGAACCAGGAACCCAGCGGAGCGUACAACUAUCGGUACGAGACUAGCAAUGGAAUUUCAGCACAACAAUCCAGUUACGAUGGUGCCAACGCGGCUGGAGAGUAUUCCUACAAGGGUCCGGAUGGUGUUCUCUAUCGAGUAGUUUACAGUGCAGACACUUACGGAUUCCAGCCACAAGGAGCUCAUCUACCGGUAGAGCCUCCGGUGCCAGAUCACGUGCUUAAGGGACUGGAAGAAAUACGACGCAGUCCGCCAAAGGAUCCGGAAUUCAGUCUGGCCGCUUUGGAUGCACAAAUUGCUCGACUUCGUGCCACUCUUGGCUAACGAACCGAAGCCAAAAAGAGCGGAAUUUACUACCACCUCUUGCCCAACCGGGGACAAAAAAAAACCGCUGAUUGUUAUUUAAUUUUGUGACAAUAAAUUAAAUUGCUUGAAAAGCCGUACGAAA